AGAACACGUUAAUACAACAAUAAGUAUGUGGGUAUUCUUUCUAUUUAUUAGAACUUAUAAGUUUGUACAUCUUAUAUGAGACAAAUUUGUAUGUUGGAGUUACCUUAACACUAAUCCUUACCAUACUUAAACUUGCAUUUUUUUAUUAGUAAUUGAAUUUCUUCUUAACUGAAUUUAUAAAUAUUUUAAAUGGUGUUUUAUUUAAUACUUUGUUAUGAAAAUCAAAUAUUUAAAAUUAUAUUGUGAUUUUAUGUUUAGGCUAAUAUUGGUCAUUCAAGUUGAUGUAGCAAUCACCCAGUACCCAUAUUACAGCAAAUUGGAAGUUAUUAUUUGCAUUACUCCAAUUUUUUUCAAAUGGUGAACAUAAAUUGUAAAGAAGUAAUCAUUUAAGAAGAUAAUUAUAUCAAAAUUAUUACAAUUCUUCAAAGUUCUAAACAAAUCAAGAAUACAGAAUCUUCCAUUAACAAACUAGAAUCAAUGAUUGGUUAUAAAUCAUAUUGUACUAGUAUACCUUCUGUAGGCAACAUAUGGAAUGUAAUUUUGACAAAACCAGAUAUAUUAAAAAUUUUUUACGUACAAAAUAUAAAUGACGCUAAAUUUAUUCAACAAAUGUGUUCAAGACUCGAUGAAUUAGAUGAAAAAAAAUCAAAACCUUUGAUAGAUACAGUACACGUAGGACAAUUAAUUGCUGCUUCUUAUGUUAAUGGUUCAUGGUAUAGAGCUAAAGUUAUAAAAAAAGAUAAUUUGGGACUAUAUGUAUGUUUUAUCGAUUUUAAUGAUGACGUUGUAUUUGUGACAGAUUAUAGAAUUCUUCCUGAAGAACUUGUUGAUGUAAAACCAAUGGCUUACAAAUGUUAUAUUAAUUAUUCAUCAAGAGUAAUUGAACAAAUAUUUUUAAAUUCUGAUUUCAAUAAAUUGAUUACAACAUUUUUAAGCAAUAAUGAAAUGGCUAUUAAGUUUAUAAAUAAACAAGAGCCAUACGUUGUUACAUUAUCGUAUAAUGGCAAAAGAAUUGUUGACAUAAUAUCAGAGUUAUUCUGGGAAGGAAUUAUGCCUGGCAUAUUAGAUGACCCAAUAAAUCUAAAAAGACUUAUUAUGUUGAAUAAAAUUAAUUUAUUUGAUGACAUAGAGGUUGUAAAAAUUAAACCCAUCAUAUCAACUGAACAUUUUUUUAUUGAACUAAAAUCAAAUAAUAAACUUCGUACAAAUAUUAGGGAUAGCAUUAAAAACGAGAAAAAUUGGAUUCCUAUAUUAAAUCCCAAAGAUGGUGAAUUAGUAAUUGCAAGAAAAAAUAAAGAAUCAAAGCUAUAUCGUGCAAGAAGUAUAUUGAAAUGUGCAACCGGUAUAGAAUAUAAAUGUUUUUUAAUAGACUGUGGGAGAUUUGAAAAUUGUUCAGAAUUUUUUGAACCUAACAUUUAUUUACAAUCAGUUCCACCAGUUAAAAUACACUGUUCAUUAAAAUUGUCAACAAAAUGCAGUACUAAUUUAUUAGAAAGUAUUAGUCUUGGUUUUAUUGAUGAAAUUAAUAAUUUUAAAAACGAUAUGAAAAGUGUACAGUUCACUAAAGUUGGUAGCCCAUGUAAAGUUAACAUUAAAAUAAAUGGUCUUGAACUCAGAGAGAUUAUUAAGCCAUACAAUGUAACUAUAAGUCAUGCUAAUAAUAUCUUAGAUUUAAACUAUUUUAAAGCUCGUAUGGUUUCAAGUGAAGUUGAGCGUAUGAAACAAAUUUUAAAAAGUACAGUCAAUUUCUCUAAAGUAACUAAUCCGCAAAUAUUCAAUAUAUAUGUGGCCAAACAUAAAAAUCAUUAUAAAAGAGUAAAAUUGUUUUUCAUUUAUGAUAAUUAUUAUGAAGUGAAAUUGGUGGAUGGCUCAAACAUGAGAGUCCCUGUUAAAGAACUAUACAAACUUCCGAAAAGUCUAGAAAACAUUAAAAUAUUGGAUAUAUAUUGUUCUCUUGGAAUAAAUAAAACAAAAUAUUCUAAUGAGAAGUUGUCUGCUCUUUCUAAUAAUGGAAAAACCAUAUUUUCAAUGGUUGUUAUUAAACAUAACAAUGAAAAUGGUCAUUUGGUUAAACUUUUUUUAAAUUCAAAAGAUGUUGAAACACUGAUUGCUCUCUAAUUUUAAUGACAAGUUUUUUUCGUGGUUCUAAUUUUUUAGUAAAAUUUAAGAUAUUAAACCUAAUAUCUCGUGAUUUUUAAAGAAAUAAUGUAAAUGUGAG